AUGCGGUCCCACCCCCGCCCUCUGGUAGACGGUCCAACACCGUACGGACCAGGAGUGUUGACACUAGGGGGCUCCCUGUGUAAGGCUUACAACCCUGCUGACAUAGCGGCAGAUUUAAUGGAGUAUGUUGACUCUGCUUCCGAGGGUUUCAUCUACAUUUCAUUUGGGUCUGUCCAGAAGGAUAGCCCGCCUGAAGAACAGUCUAAAUGGAUUGAAACCUUUAAAUAUCUCCCCUACAAAGUAGUCUGGAAGCAAAGCAAACAAGUAGAGAACCUCCCAGAAAAUAUCAGAGUGUUCCCUUGGGUAGCUCAGAUGGCACUGCUCCAGCACCCGAAUAUAAAACUCUUCAAGUUCAUAACACACGGUGGGUAUGCCAGUAAAAUGGAGGCCAUAUGUUCAGGUGUUCCCCAACUUGUGGUACCUAAAUUUUCAUCAGAUCAGUACUACACCACCGAGAGAAUUGCUAAUCUGUACUUGGGCUGGGCGAGCAGAUACCUGACCUUGACAACACAACUGCUCCGGAGAUAA